AUGGAGCGAACGCACCGGCUGGAGCUGUUCCCUGACCGCAGCGUCACGCUGCUCCUCUUCCAGCACGUGAAAAAUGCCGCUGCUCUGCGGAAAAAAGCCAUGGAAGGAUCCAUUGACGGAGCACUGAUAAACCCUGCGAUGAUUGUAGAUCCUUUUCAGAUUCUUGUGGCAGCCAACAAAGCAGUGCAUCUACAGAAGAUAGGUAAAAUGAAGACCAGAACACUCUAUGCAGAAAUUAUUUUCAGCCUUUCACCAAGCAACAAUAUUUCAGAUGCAUUUAAAAAGUUCGGCAUUUCGGACAGCGACACGGGAGUACUCAUUGUGCUGGUCAUGGAAGGAGACAAGACUGUCAAUCUGGCAGAUAUAGCAUCUCAGGUGGAAGGUCAGCAGGUUUCCCUAGAUGAACUCCCCCAGCUAACAGACACUGCCAAAGUUAAAAAGAUGUACAAAGUUACUCCACAGGAAGAAAAAAUCGGCACCUUAUUGGACAGUGUUGUUUGCAGAAUGUCAACAAAAGAUGUUUUGUGAAAAUGUGGAAAUAAAUUUCAGAGGAAGUGAAGUA